AUGUGCAAGCAUCAGGGGCAGGGGGGCGUGCUCCAGGCUGGGCAGACAGGAGCGGCGGGUGCCCAACCCUCGGGAGCACGGCGGCCCGAGGAGGAGGAGGAGGAGGAGAAGGAGGAGGAGGAGGAGGAGGAGGAGGAGGGAGGAGGAGGAGGGGAGGGGACGGGUCGCCAAAGUCCUUCGGAGAAACCCUCCGCUCCAGGCUGGGCAGACAGGUCACAGGCGUUCGGCAAUGCUAUGGCAGAUGCGAGGAAAAACAGCCUCUGGCGGCACUCGUGGGGGCAAGGCCAUGGCAAUCAAAACCGCAGUGCCUCCAGGGUGCCUUCGCCAAGCGGCGGCCCGGGGGCCUAA